UGUUCCAAACCCAUUUCAGGGAACACCAGUGCACACAUCCAUAUGAAGCAGUUUUCAGUGAGACGCAAUGGUGGACCACCUUCAAGGAACAUGGAAAUCUGUUUCCUGUGAAAACUUUGAAAACUACAUGAAGGAAUUGGGAGUAGGAAGAGCCAGCAGGAAACUGGGCUGUCUGGCAAAGCCCACGGUGACCAUCAGCACAGAUGGAGAUCUGAUCACCAUCAAAACCAAAAGCAUCUUUAAAAACAAGGAGAUUUCCUUCAAGCUGGGAGAGGAAUUUGAGGAAAUCACACCAGGUGGCCGCAAAAGCAAGAGUACAGUAAUCUUAGAUAACGACUCCUUGGUUCAAGUUCAGGACUGGGAUGGCAAGGAAGCCACAAUCCGCAGGAGGCUGGUGGAUGGGAAAAUGGUGGUGGAAAGUGCAGUGAAUAAUGUCACCUGUACCCGAACAUACCAGAGAGUUUAAGAACACUCCAUCUCAAGGUCUCGGUGCUCUCAAAUUGUCAUCCAAACUAAUGACUUUGUUAGAAUAAAACUCCCAAGUAAAAUCUUUGAAUGCUUGCA